AUGACCUUCAGAACCGAAGGAAGAAGCCGCGAACUCGUUGCGCUGCAUGCAUUAUAUUCUUUGGUGGGCCAGUCCACGGUUAAAGAACAGGUCAUCAUGGCGGAGAAGCGAAAGCUCCUUGCCGAGAUUGAUAAAUGUUUCAAAAAGAUCGACGAAGGUGUAGAACUGUUCGAAGAGACUAUGGUGAAAAUGCACGAAGCAAAUAGUGAUAACCAACGGGAAAAGUACCAGGAUGACUUGAAAAAAGAGAUUAAAAAACUGCAGCGGUUGAGAGAUCAAGUGAAAGGAUGGCAAAACUGCUCGGAGAUUAAGGAUAAAGACAAAUUGACCCAUUAUCGCAAGAUUAUCGAGCAAAGAAUGGAGCAGUUCAAGGAUAUUGAACGAGAGAACAAGACAAAACCCCAUAGCAAACAGGGCUUGAGCGCUGAAGAAAAGUUGGAUCCGCGAGAGAAGGAAAAGGUUGAUACGAUCGAAUGGUUGCAGUUUUCAAGUCAUCAGUUGUUGCAGGAUGACUUGAAAAAAGAGAUUAAAAAACUGCAGCGGUUGAGAGAUCAAGUGAAAGGAUGGCAAAACUGCUCGGAGAUUAAGGAUAAAGACAAAUUGACCCAUUAUCGCAAGAUUAUCGAGCAAAGAAUGGAGCAGUUCAAGGAUAUUGAACGAGAGAACAAGACAAAACCCCAUAGCAAACAGGGCUUGAGCGCUGAAGAAAAGUUGGAUCCGCGAGAGAAGGAAAAGGUUGAUACGAUCGAAUGGUUGCAGAGUCAAAUACGAGAACUUAGUGAUGAGGCUGAUCGCACCGAAUCUCAAAUUGAAUCCUUGUCAACUUUGGACGCUGGAAAGCGGCGAGGAAAAAAAGAGGACGGAAAGAAGGGAGAAAAGGAGAAGCGCAUGGAGGAGCUGAAGCGGCAUCUUGAUAGGAUGAAGUUCCACAUUGGGAAACUUGAGGUUUGCAUGCGAAUGGUGAACAAUGAGUCUCUGGAGUCAAAGCGUGUCAUGGAAGUUCUAAAAGAUCCAUUGGAAAUGUAUAUUGAAGCACUCGAUCCGGAUUACGAAGGAGAUGCCGACGAGUUAGAUAACCUUGAUCCAGAAGAUGCCUACGAGGAAUUAGAUUUGGGUGCACUUAGUGCUCAAAUUGGAGGCAUUCAAAUCGGUCCGCUGGAUGAAGAGAAGGAGAACGGUCAUGACAAUGGAUCAACUCACGAUAGCUCUGGCGGCGAUGAUGGGGUUUCCCGAAGUGGUGGCUCGCGACAUGGAAGUCAAGACACACCGGCUAGUCCUGCCCCACGUAGGACGGUAGCUGCAGCUUCUGUACCAGUCACUCCCGCAAAGUUAGCGAAAGAUGGAUCGAUCGAAACUGGACAGUUGACCUCAUUAAGCGGUGUUAAUCAAGCUACGCCGCCUCCACCGCCUCCUGGCAUUCCGUAUAAUAGUGUGGCCGCAGGACGCAUAGCUGCUUCAUCCUCGGCCACAAACGCUAGUGUUUCAACAAUUUCGCCAACUGGCAAUCCGAACGCAGUCAACGCAAAGACCACCGUCAUCACCUCAAGACCCGGAACAAAUAGUGCUGGUGGCGUCCAGUUAGUUCAACUAGUCACGUCUACAUCUACUCAGCAAAAUUCAACAAGUGCUCAGGAUGAUGAUGCUAGCUCCACUAUUUCAAGUCAGAACGAGGGCGGUGUCAUAUCAUCGACCGCGACUACGCUGAAUACGCAGGAUGAUUCACUUGCAUCAACGGCUACACAUUCCACAACCGCGAAUGGCACAUCACCAGAGAAUCCAUCGCUGAGUACUCCAACUGCGACAGCCGCACAGCAUUUCGCAUUCACCAACGAACUAUACGCGACCAAUGAGGCAUCUGCUGCAUUGAGUGCUGAUGGUAGUACGGCGUCCGCCAUGGCAGAUGUUGUGGAGGGUACGACGCAAAGAACUGUGAGCGAGUCUGGAGGCGGCCGCCGUUCUGGUGAUGUGGCGCUUGAUGCUGCCGAUGAUCCUCUACGGGUAUUGCGUUUAUCACAGCAAAAUCAACAGCCUGCCAAUACUGAACCGCAACGGGCACACAUUCCAGCAUGGCUAGGUGCAUCUCCAUUAGGUCGUAUACCGACUACAAAUGAGAUGGAUAUGCAAUUAGCCGCCUUGGAAGCAUCUCUUGCACGCACUCCUCUGCCUAUGGAUAGCGAACGUCCUCGAACGUACUUGCCGAAAAUACCAUGUCCAUGCGCGUCUUAUUAUCCACAGGUAUCUGCACAAAACGUCGACACACUCGAGUACUACCUGAGGCUAAGUCCAGAAACCCUCUUCUUCAUUUUCUAUUAUAUGGAGGGAACGAGAGCACAAUUACUAGCCGCGAAGGCGUUGAAGAAGUUGUCUUGGCGUUUUCACACAAAGUAUCUCACGUGGUUUCAACGGCAUGAGGAACCGAAGCAAAUCACGGACGAUUUCGAGCAGGGAACCUAUGUGUAUUUUGAUUACGAGAAGUGGUCACAACGAAAAAAGGAAUCAUUCACAUUUGAAUAUCGGUACCUUGAAGACAAGGAUUUCGAGUGA